AUGGCAGAUUGGGACGACGAUAGUUUCGAGGUUGAUAUAAAACAAAUUGAUGAAAAGAAAAUUAAUGUUAUUGAGGAAUUCCCUGAUGAACACCCAGCGGAGACAGUACCAAAAACUACGAAAACUCAUGUAACACACACGAAAUCUAAAGGAAAAAAUGCCUUAAAGACAUUCAGCGGUGACUUGGAUCGAGAAUUAACAGAAAGUGAGAAAAUUGCUAUGCAGAGGAAAAGUGAUCUUUCAUUUGCGCGAGAACUGUUUGGUGAGGAAGAAGAAGCAGAUCUGUCGGAGUUAUCCUCUCCAAGUGACUUCAGGAAUUUUGGGGAGGAAAUAGGCGAAAAAUUGGCAGGAAGAGCUGGAAGCGCGUAUUACGUCGAUAUGCUUGCAGCUCUGUUGAAAACCGCCACUGUGUCAAUGGAAUCCAGUAAGGUUAGGACACUCAGUAAUCUACUGAAAACUUUAGCAGAUGAAAAGUCAACAAAGGAGAAGGAAGAAAAGAGACCAAAAGGUAAAGGAGGAUCAAAUAAGCCUUCGUUAAAAGGAUUGCAGAAGUCGAAUAAAAUUAAUAUUGAUGAGUAUCGUGAUUACGAGUAUACCGAUGAUUUCGAUAUUGAAGAUGACUUUAUGUGA